UGCACGUAUAUUCCUCCGUCUUCCAGUCUUCCAUAUACAAAGUUAGGACGUUUCCAGUGUUUGCCUGCCAGGACAACGCCACAAUGAGAGCAGUCAGUGGUUGCCUGAUCCUACUUCUUGUGACGUCUCAUAUGUCCGUUGCCAGAAAAUUCACCAAGUGCCAGUUCCUACGAGAACUAAGGAAAGGCAACGUUGCAAAAAAAGAUUUAGCAACCUUUUUGUGUAUAGCUCAGCAUGAGAGCGGUCUGAAUACUGCAGCUAGGGGCGGGCCCAACAGGGACAGAAGCUAUGACAAUGGGAUAUUCCAGAUAAACGACAGAUACUGGUGCAAAAACAGAGGCGUAGGCGGAAGUUGCAACAUUAAUUGUGCAAAACUCAGAGACAACAACGUGGCCGAUGACAUCAAAUGCGCAUUGAAGAUCAAGAAGUCUCAAGGAUUUACAGCUUGGGUCGUUUACCGGAAAUAUUGCACCAGGGCUUCCUUGCCCAGUUGUUGAACUCGCCCCUACAAUCCACUGGUUUAUUCAGAAAAUAAGGAAAAUAUAUCAGGCCAAAUAACAAUGGAAAAUGACCGCAAUGCAUCGAUUUCUAUACACACAGCACCUCAGGGUUUAUUGUGAAAUAAUUGUGGAACAGAAUGUGUUUCAUGUUCACCAACUGUCCCAUGUGUGAUGUUGUAUUUUAGCGUCCUGUUGCACUGAUU